GUCAGCCGAUUAAACGUGCCAUUCUAAUUCGAUCAACUCGGAUCGCGCAGCUUUUGUGGCGAACGAAACGUAUCCCCAACCGUAUCGUUUCACCGACGAGCCGUGUUCGCGAUCACAGCCGCAAAAGUUUACGCCUGGCGCGAAACAUUGUUGGCAUAGCUCGAUACGUGACCUACGUACCUGCGUUUACAUGCAAAUAUCCCGCGCGACAGACUGCAGCCAAUCUAGGACUAGAGAGGCGAAAUCCGUAGCGUCGUGUCGCGGGGGCAAGUUAAAAGUGCAAGGGCAAAUCGAUUCGGUGGACGGGAAAAAUGGAACGGAGAUACGAGAACCGAUAACGGGGCGUCGUUACAAAAAUAAAUUUGUUGCCCCACUGAAACUUUGCCCUCUGUGCUUAGGGAUGGGGAAAAGUUUAGGAACAAUUCAGGUAUAGGUAAAAUAUUCAUCGAAAACGUCGAAUAACGAAGGAUAAUUUGUGCAAUUCCAUGAAUCAUAGUUGGUAUGUGUGAUUGUUCGUUUUGUUAGAAUCGAUUCGCGUGUUCAGCUUGUCACAUGCGUGCACGAAUAUAAUUUGCAUUGCUCGGAUAAUAAAUCGACAAAUUAGCAUGGCAAUUUAUAUUUCUCUGUUCGCUGGUAAUUAUAAGCUAACGAAAUGAAAUGCAGGCACUUUUUCCUCGAUACCAUCGGUUAUUUUUUAUAAUCGACUUUAGCAAAUUGAAAUUCGUUCGACACAGAAAAUUCGCGUUCUAAUAAUCGGUGGCUUAAAUACACCUCUGGGUACAGAUUUAAAAAAAAAAAAAAACAAAUCUGUCAGAAAAACAGUAUGGCUCGGAGGAACAAAUAAUUCUUUCUUCCGAGACAACAACGGAAAGUAAAAUAAGAUGGUACACAGUAGUCCCCAUAGAAAUUGCAUCACCUGAAAGACAUUAAUCACACGAGCAAGAACAACCGUCUGCAUUGCAUCGGACAUCGAUGAUCCACGUAUACAUUACAGAAAACAUAAUUUACCGCGAUAAAACCAUUUAACGUCGUCACAAUUCUCGGUGCAUUACAUAUGCAUGGCACAGUGCAAUUUUUAAUGCAAUUUCUACGGACACCACCGUCCUCCGACCUCUGGGAGCAAGACACGCGUUCCAAGACGGCGGAAAACCGACUGAAAAGCACGCGAGGGAGGGAGCUUGCACUUGUACGGUGGGGAUGCAGUUUGCCGUCGCAGCAACAGACCAAGUGGCGGAGAGAAACGCGGAGAGGGGAUUUGGGAUCUUUGAUCGACGGCGGGGAAGAGAGUAGUGGGGAUACUCGUGUCGCGCGAUAACCGACGCGAGGUGCAAACCAGCCGCGAAUUCGAAAGGCGGCCAGUUGCUGUUCGCGCGUCGUCGGCGUCGCGUCGCGAGUAUAUCGAGUCGAGAUAUCGAGCGCAGAGGCUUACGCGGUGCAACAGCCAACCAGGAAACAGAGAAAUCCGAAAAGCUGUACGUGAUGUUCGACGGUGACGCGAGCCACCAUGGAUAUAAUUGGACGUUUCCGCUCGAACGAAGAAGAAUAACGACGACGACGAUGACGUCGUAGUCGAACGUUACGGGGUCUUGGGAGCGUGCACGAGCGUACUGGAUGCAGCCACGAGAAUUCCACGCGAGAGUGUCGCGAUAGUGACGACAAUAUGAUCGACAGAAUCACGUAGUGCCGCGCGGCGUGUCGGGGAACACGGGAAACUUGUUUCUCUGCAGCCAGUGCGACGAAAAAGGGUUUGUGUAAAUAGUGUCUUCGGCGCGGAAAAGGAUUUCGUCGACGGGGGGGUGUUCUCACGGAGUGGCGUGAUUGGAUUCAUCGGAAAUCCAAGUCGCAGACAUGUCGGGACAACAUCCCUGCGCUUGGCUCCGUGUAGAAUCAUCCGGCUGGGCGUGAAGCCGUCGAGAGACAGGGGGUGAAAGAGACUUGCCAGAGAAGAAGAAGAGGGCGGAUCAAGAGCUAGGCGCAAAAUGGGAGCAGCGAAAUUCCUGCUGGGAAGCGCUAUCCUCGGACUCCUUUGGAGCAACUUACUCAACGGCGCCCUGACCAACUCGACGAACAGGUGCGACUACCCCCCGUGCUUCUGCGACCAUCAUGGCAGACUAACUUGCGACUGUAAAGACGACGGAGAGGAGCUGGUGUUGACCACGGACGGUGACAAAAGACUGAGCCCGCACACGAGCAGGAUAAUGGUGAGCAACUGUUCGUCCGUGGUCCUGGCGAACUCGAGUUUAGCCUUCAUGGACGAGCUGCGUUCCGUUGAUCUGAUUAACGUGGCGAACCUGAGCCUGGUCAGGCAGAGUUUCGAGCUCUCGCCCCGCAGCCAGCGCACGCGGAUAACCGUAACGAACAGCAGCAUCGACUCGAUGCCCAGCUUCGUCUUCCGCGGGGACGUCGAAGCCAUCAGCUUCAAGAACGUCAAGAUCGGCCAGCUGAGCGCGUUCUCGUUCGCGAAUCUAGUCCAAACGGACACCCUCAGGCUGGAGAACUGUCAGAUCGAGAGCAUGGAGGCCCAGGCCUUCAAGAAAUUCGACGUGGGCUACCUGCACGUGAUAGGCGGGAGCUUUGGCGACCAGGUGCCCAGCAGAACGAUGAACGACAUCGAGGUGUACCACAAGUUCAUGCUGGACGGAGUGAAAAUGGGCACUGUGAGGAGCGACGCCUUUAUUGUGAGGAGUCCCCGAACGGUGGCCAUUCAGAACUGCGUGGUGGAGAGUCUGGAGAGCGAGGCUUUCGACGUGACCGCGAGGGGUGCGGUGAUCGUGAAGAACAACACCUUCGGGAACCUUGGCGUAGGUGCGUUCUUGGGCAUCCGCGCGGACCCGGAAGGCCGCACGCCGGCUGGCUCGCUGCACGACCUGAUCUUCAAGAACAACAGCGUGUCGAGCUUCGAGGAGGGCUCGAUGAUAUUCGACCGCAGCAGCUUCCGGCUGGAGCUCGACAACCUCUUGGUGGACCAGCCGUGCGACUGUCAAAUGCUGCCCAUUUGGAAGAACAACAUUCUGAAUUACACGAACGUCUAUUCGAGGUUCUACACCAGACAGAACUCGGCGUUGCCGCCUACGUUGUCGCCGCAGGAGACAAUCAACGAGACACCGGAGACCUUCCUGUGCACCGACGGCGAGGUGAAUGGCGUGUCGACGAGCUUCGUCGACUACGAGACGCGUCACUGCUCUCUGGGAGGAUCGAUAUUGGUGUUCGUCCUGAUCGUCGCCGGUUUGCUCGUGGUGCUGAUACUGCUCACCUGCCUGAUCGUCUGGUGCUGCAGGAGGCGUCGUCGCAACAGCAGGAAGAAGUGGAUAAGUGUGCCGACGAACGCGCCGGACGUUGUCUCGAAGAAGAAUGGAGUGAUAGGCAGGGAAGCUGCAGCAUCCACGGCGCCAGUCGACAGCCGGAUAACGAUGGUGGUGCCCGACGGAAGGCUCUACAGGGAGACGGAGUUCCACGUGAUCGUCGAGAAGGCAGAGCCUCUGACCACCGAGUUGUAACGAGAACCUUCGCGCGGCUCGACUAGGUCGGUUCGCGCUCGGGUCGAAGAGGAAUUCGAGCGCAGCGACUCGUCGAGCCGCUUCCGUGUGUACAAGCUAUGAAUCGUGAACACUGCUACGUGCGACGAAACAAUGUGCACCGGUUUUUGCGAGAGUGUAAUGUGAACGGUCGGGACGAGCCUGUGGCGACCAACUGGGAAGGUGGAACUCUCAUCGAGAGGCUAGGGAGAUCGCCUGCGUGGGCAAGGUUCCUCGAACAUUUUUCACGUACUAUUUACAGUUAAGCCGUAAUUCGGAAACAAACAGAACGGGGGACUCGAUCUCGAACUUCUUGUUUUCACUUUAACCGACUACCCUUUAAUAAAAGGCAGUUCGUAAGCUUCCAUUCACAUAUCACGAGCGAGCACCGAUUAUCCGUACGCGUUUCACCUUGGUCCUGCGUACGUAUACAACUGCCAUUUUGUUUACUUCGUGGCAGUCACGUUCCUCUGGACGAUUAGCGCUAUGUUCGAGAGCAUAUUUGUGGAAUUGUUGGCAAUACACAAGGAAACAAAUGAGGCUUUUGGCCCCUCUAUGAAAUAUUUGAAAAUUACAGAAUAAGGGGGCGGGGUAUACGCGAGCAGUCUCUGCAGGCAUAUAGCGUCGCUGCUAGCGAAACACAAAUUUGUAAACAUCGACGAUGAAACUUUCUCGAAGAAAUCGAAUCUUAUUAAUGUACCUAUGUAUCGAAUAAUAACAAGCAAAAAUCCUCGACGACGUACCAACAUUUCCUGCGACACUUUAUGAACUUGAUAACAGCGAUUAGGUUCGAUAGCCUAUAAGUAAAAGCGUAAUUAGCCACCCUGUUGAUGAAAUUCUCUGCCAAUGUUUACGUUUUUUGGAAACAUUCUUCAGUUACUGGAGAAAAUGCUGUACUAAUGCUUCACAUAUUGAUAACUACCAACUUAUGCAUAUAGAACGACUCGAUAGUGACGUAAACUUACGUCGACGAUAGCCAGCUAUAGACUUAACCCUGACGUAAAGUCACGUCAGUGACAGCCAGCUGCGGAUCUACCAGUGACGUAAUAUUACGUAUUAAGAGUGUUUUUUAUCGCGAUGGCGGUUCAUGUGCGACGGAUGAUUGGUGCGCGCUGUUAGUCAAGUUUAUCGUUAAGCAGCUUUCGAGGCAGGGCCAGUGUCGUUCGUGAAGAUUGAAAUGAAAUUCAUGGAAUCGACGAAGAGCGAGUGGGAAGUGAUCCUGGGUAGGGGAGAAGGAUCGAAAGCAACAACAGGAAAUCCUAAACUCGCUGACUCGUGUAAGAUACGCGAUUGGAUCGACCUUUCGCGCUACGUUGCUUUAAGUUUAUCAAUCGAUAGCACGCUUAUCGGCGUACCGUCGCGAGAGUUGAUCAACGUUUCAAGCGUUCCACGAGAAGAACUAUUUAGCUCCCAUGUUUGGAUCGAAUUCGAUAGCCAGAUCGAGGCCAUAGAAAUGAUUCUUGCGAAGAAUCUGAAUCAAAAUGAGUGGAACAAAAUUUGAUGAAAAAAUUGAUUGCGGAAAGAUAGAUUUUCUAGAAAAUAGGUUCGGAAAGAAGCGUGACUGCACAUUGCAAGUGGAAGCAACAGAGCGGGGGUGACGACGCGAUGGCCUUGACUGGACAAUUAAUUAUGUCUCGACUCUAGCAACGAUCGCACGUCCGCUCGGAAAGCAGUGCCAUUCCUAUACAAACGUGUGCCAGUUCGUGCACACUUGGUUCGAUGCGAAGUUAGAUUUUUCGAAGAAGAAACGAAGCAGAAGGCACUCAGAAAUGGGCACAAUUCUUGUCUACAUACAACUCUCGAAUAACGAAUGAAAGAUGAACUCUAUCUGCAAUUGAGGGGAUCGAGAAUCGUGGUGGUGUUUGUCAGGCACGACAUAUUUUGAAAUAGUCAUUCUUUCUGGUUAAACUUUUGAAGAAAUUCACCUUUUUUCUGCAUUUCUAGCCUUCUUUGAUUCUGCCAUGAAAUCGUGGUAUAACUCAAUUAUAUUUAUUUACACCAGGUGAUUUUCAACUCCUCGAUUUCUGCAACGAGCAUCAUGUAGAACUUUAAUAGUAGAAUGCAGCUCUAUUUCAUGAUAAAAGAUAUGAAUGCAUGUUGAUUUAUGGCAUCCAUUAUUCAAACAGAAUUUCGCCCAUCUCUAAAGGCAGACUACCAGUGAGUCGUCGAUAAGUGUCGCGUAGUCAAGACCAUGCCUCGACACUUAUCGACGAUUCAUGGUAUUCUGGGGACUCCGAAGCGAGCGGAGAACCGAACGGUUCGACUUCGAUAGCGUUUCUCGUUCCGAGAUAUUGUAACACAAUAAAAAUAUUACCCCCACAUUCCUCGACGAUACGGACACGAAAUACUUCAGCAGAGAAAUGAUAGCGUGUCGAAUAGAAAUCAGAUAUUUUUCGUGCCAUUCGCGGAAACGAUUUCGUUCGAAAGCAACGACAAAAGGGCGACUCGAGCUUUCGCGAAGCGCCACGGGAGCCGUUGAUUUACUGUAUUAUUUUGUUACUGCGUUUAUUUAUGACCUCUGGACAUCGCCAAUAAAUUGUUGUUAUUGUUAUCAGUGUGA